GUCGGUUUCGGCACAGCCUGCAGGCUUCCUGCCCUGCCCAGCAUUCGUGUUUUAGCUCUCACCCAACUUGCCUGUGAAAGAUACGAGGAGUUCCCCCCUGGCCACGUCUUUGACUCCAAGACGGGGACGCGGCGUCCAUUCUAUACACCGAAUUGGUCCAAGCCAACUCCCGUUCCAAGCCAGGAAAUUGCCUUGCACACUCUGAGAGAAGCCUUUGAAAAGGCUGUCAUCUCUCACAUGAUGUCGGAUGUGCCCUAUGGGGUGUUGCUGAGUGGUGGUUUGGACUCGUCCUUGGUCGCCUCAAUCAUGUCGCGCAACAGUCAGAGGAGGCAACACACGGGGCCCGCAGCGUGGCCGCAGCUACACUCUUUUAGCAUCGGGCUGAAGGGCAGUCCCGACUUGAAGGCCGCCAAAGAGGUGAGUAACUUCCUCGGAACGGUGCAUCAUGAGUACGUCUUCACCAUCGAAGAAGCCUUGGAUGCCCUACCGGACGUCAUCUACCAUUUGGAGACCUUCGACGUGACCACCAUCCGCGCUUCAACACCCAUGUACCUCAUGGCCAGACGGAUUAGGCAGUUGCAAAGACAAGUUCAGUGGAGACAAGACCACUGGAAUAUGGAGGAAGACUGGCCAGCAGACCAAUGGAUUCAGUCACCGCGCAGACGCCAAUCCUCGAGGAGGAGAUCCAAGAAGCCUGUUGCAUGGAGCAAUGCCCCCAAAGGCAAAGGACGAGGAAGCCCUGCCGAAACCCAGCCAAGCUAUGGACCACAGCCUUCACCGGCUAUGCCAUCGCUGGAGCCGCCAUGGUGGGUUGGGAUGGCGCCCUCGGCAACCACCAGCUCUGUUGCCCCUCACCAUGCAGCCAACCUCGAACACAAGGAGGACAAAGAGAGAGAGAAGAAUAUGAAAUCUCUGGUUGCCGCACUCCGAAGAUGCAAGGACGACUUGCCAGAGGAAGUGCAAUCUUUGGUGAAGGAAGUGACAAUCCGGAGUGGACAGGAAGAGACCAAGUUCCUACAUUCCGCGGUAUCACAACACGGCAGAGCCAAGAAAGAAUUGCAGGAAGCCCAGACAGCACGUCUGGCCAUGCAUGCCGCAUGGAAAAACUUCUUGGCCCAAUCAGUGGACCAAUGGUCCAAAUACACAGAGCAAUUCAUGCAGCAGGAGCGUCAAAUGAUGGACAGGCUCAAGACGGCCCAAGAAAAUCUGACGGCCGCAAAAGACAACCUUGGUGCCUGCAAGGCGUCCGCAGGCCUGGACACCAAGGAAGACGCAUCGAUGAUGAGCGAUGCCGAGGACUCGGAUCCCAAGCUCACCGAAACCUCUGCAGGGCAGAAAAUAGCAGCGAGCUUUCAGGACUUGGCAUCCAGCCUACAAACACUACACAAGCAAGCCGAACAAGCUGUGCAGCUCGAAGUCGAGCAAGACCAAAUGCGCAAGAGACCACGCAUGACAGCCCCAGAGCAGUCAGCCGCUGGCAAUGCAGACGAUGGAAAGUUUGCAGCUGGCCUUUCUCGAACUCCUGUCUUAAUUCAGUGUUGCCGAGAUCUGAAUCCAGCCGCACCACCUCUGAAGCACAGGAGGGAACAUGAAAGCCCCAUCGGGUGGUUGCCACAGCAUGACGAUCCCGAUGAUGAGGAUCAGGAGGAAGACCACUUCCCUGCAGAUCAUGCCACACAGCCUGCUUUUCUGCGCCGGUUGACUGAGCGUUUCAUGCAGUUAGGAUUUGCUGUUUUCGACAGAGACUUUGAAAUUCCCAUCAGAACAUGGUUCAUUGAUCACGUCACAAUGCGUAGGACAGCCAGGCAUCAGUUUGUCAUGAUCGAUGCAAUUUUGACGCAAUCACUGCAUAUGGAUAGGUUUCCAGGACUUGUGACUGUCAUGCCCGAACAAGCCCACUCGUUUGAGCUCUUUUCAGUUGCCUAUUCGUUUGCUGACUUUAUUAGCGGUUUUGACAUUGUCCUCGCAGCUGAUGCAGCCAGCAUGUGCCGAUACCAUCCUUGCACGAUCACGUUCGGAUGGGAUGAGAUCCCGCAUUCAUUGCGCCCUCAACACAUCAUGCGUCCAGGUGAUGGCUUCCAGGUGACAAUCCGGCCUGGCAGAUUGCAGCUAGCCCCGAGCCAGAGUAGUUCUGCCCAUGCAUCCUCCAGCAGUGACCCGCCGAUGCAACCCAGUGUUGAUGCAUCUACCAAUCUGACCUUUAGCACGCCUGAACAUCCAUUGUAUGAUGACCCAACUCAUCGUAGGUUCAUCACACCUUUGCACUUGUUUCAGCUUGAUGCGCAUGAGGUCAUUGUUGACCUGGUAAAUGCCCAGCUUGCAAGCCCAUCUAGGGAAAUUGCUGAUGCCGCCGACGUGCCGUUUGAUUGCGUCGAAGCUGUCCACAUGAUGAUCGCCCGGCCGUAUGAGUUCCCAGAAUUGGCCAUCCCGGCCAUCCUGCAGAGAACUGGAGAUCUCCCAUUGCACUCCACAGACAGGUUGAUUCUCAUUGACACAGUGUAUUAUCUCCACCCUGUGAGACCUCAUGAACCCAAUAGGCACGGAUCUUAUGCCAUGAUCGAAGUGCCACCACCUGAGGGGUACGAUGUAGACACCAGGACUGCAGCAGCGAUUGUACAACAUGACGCCCAGAGCGAUGCCUUCAUGCACUUACUGCAGGACGACCUUGAAUAUGACGAUGACACUUUCCUAGCCCAGGUCACUGUAAGCCGCCGCUUUGCCUGUCCCAAUGUGCAUAGGAUUCGUCGAUGCUUGCAGAGCUUGCCGCUCCCAAUCUAUGCCGAUGCCUGCCACCGCAUAGACGAGAAAGAGAGUGAUGAAGUGCAAAAUGGCGCCCAUGGAGAUGCCACUGCAGGGUCGGACGCCAUUCAGAAGGGCACUCAACCGCCCCAUCAUGCCAUUGCAAUCGAUCAUGAUACCCAUCAUUACAAUUGCACACAUGAAGCCAUGCAUGAUCGGGUUGCCCAGCCAGGUGAACCAUCACCACGGGUCACACACGAACAGGAUGGUAGCAGGACACAGACCACGUUGCAUCAUUUCUUUGGUAGGUCUCCUGCGGGGUCAGUCCCAUGGGACAAGCAUGUGUGCCAAGCCAAGUGCAAAGCCAAGUGCAGCACAUCACAUGAACAGAACCCUCCUAGCUUCACGCAAGCCAUGCCUGCCAAUAUUCCUCCUGACCCACCUCAGCGACCACGGCCCAGCUGGCAGAUUGAGUUAGAAUCUCUGUUUGAUGAACUUGCUCAAGUUGCCCAUGUCGACUCUGGACCCACUUUGUUUGUCAAUGUGUGGUACGUGAACCAUGAACAGUUUCCAGUCUGUCAUGCGCCCAGAAUGGUUGAGUUAGAUGGAAUGCGGGAAUUAUGGUAUGCAGAUCUCUGCAACGCAUGGUGGGACCGUAUCAUACGUCAUGACCCGAUCAGAGUCCAUAUUGUCCGUCCUCGUCCUGACAACCAGCUUCAGCCUCGAGCCCAGUUGCACAUCCUCUUGGAACAGCACUUUACUCCAAGUAAAGUUGCAGCGGUGUUCACAGCCAUUUUUUUGGCUAACUACCGCAAUGGAGUUUUGCAGAUGGCUGAAUCAGUUGAUCCCAGCAUUUGUACCCAGUACAUGAUCGAUAAGCACAGGUUGAAUCAUUUUUGCGAUUUUCGCCCAUGCAACAUGUUCUCCGGCAUUUUAAGGUUUCAUCAGCAUGUGUUUGAAGAAAUUUUUUCAGGCAUCAGUGUCACAUUGGUCGUUGGACCUCCUCCCCAUGCUGGCUCCAGUUCGGAUAGCGCACUGCCCAGCCAGAGCCCGGCCGACACGCAGACCCUUGGUGAUGAGACUUCAAUCAUGCAGAGAAACAGGCGAUGGCAUCGAUCGCUGCACACAGUGAUUGACCGCAGACCACCUGCCACGCAGCCUCCUUUGCACGUUGCAGACUCCAGAGAGUUUCGGAAUACAUUGCAGUGGAUGAUGCAACAUAGCCAAGACUCUUGUGUAACCGAGGGUAACAACAUCAUGCGUGUCCAGACAUGGUUUUUGGACUCCUUUCGGGUCACCCGGUCUGCAGAGCCACGCACUGUCAGCCUCCGUCAACAUCCUCACACGUGGGUCACUGACAUUGUAGCUCGUUGGCAGGACACUUUGAACCCUCAGUUGCCGAUCUUUUUGCAUGUAGUACAGCCGACGCCUGCAGCCAGCACCAAUGAAAUUCAUGCCCAUGUUCUUAUCGUGCAAACCCCUAAUGACUUGUGGAGGGCUGCUUUGCUGUCUAUUGUUCAUUUUCAUGUCGAUCCAUGGAAUCCCACAUACUUGGCCGUAAUGCUAGAUGCUGAGACCACCGUUGAGCAGAUUGCCUUCAUUUCCCACGUCUCACAUCCUAGUAACCCAAUGCGGAACUACCAGCAGGUCGAGGUGAGGCAUGCAUCCAUUGUGCUUGACAACCGGUCACCUUUCCAUGUCCGCAAUGGUUAUCAUUUUGAUGUGAUUGUAACUGAAGUUGAAGACGCAUGGAGGGAUGACAUGGCCUUAAUACAGCUCUCCUUCAAAGCAGUCCGGGCUCACAUGCACAAGCUGCAUCAUGCAGUCGUGGGAGGGAUUAGGAAGUGUGUCAUGGAUGAAUGCCCCAAUCACGAUUGCCCCAUUUCCGAUAUUUCCAUCACCCAGAAUCCGACUCAAACACCUGUGACCAGUCCAUGGGAUAGCCUGCCGUUUCAUGGAUAUUUGCAAGCACUCUGGCAGCCACUUUCCCUGUUGUCCCCAGAUGCAACCGGACCUACCGUGGCUAUUGUGACGUGGUAUUUGGACCAUAUUCGAUUCCCCCAAUGCUUUGUGUCACGUGUGGCACGCCUCAGUGGGGACCCUGCCGGAUGGCUUCGGCAGAUGAGACGCUUGUGGUAUGAUGUUAUUUUGCCAUAUGAGCCAUUGCAUUUCCACAUCGUCCAACCCCAACCACCACAGAACGCACCAGAUGUUGCCGCUCAUGUCCUCCUUGUCCAGCAGCCCGUUGAAGGGUUCAGGUCGGUCCUCCUGUCAUUGUUCGAUUCAGCAUUCCUUGGUGCCCAGGCCGACCGGUUUGCGACCAUGGCGCCAACACCGCUGGCUUUCACCACCUUGGUUGGACUUGCAUACCGGGACAUUGACUGUCAAGACCCCGCAAAUCGAUGUGAUGCAUGGAUUGGCAGGGAGGAACUCCUGCCCAUAGAUGAGAGGCCUAUUGUGAAUGGACACGCGGUGGCUGUUGCUGUCCACCGCCCUUUGCCUGACGGACCAAAUGCCAACGAUCCUUGGCAAGAUCACACAGCCCAGCCUCAGCCCGGAGAGCGUCCAUCUCCCCCGCGAGAGCAUGUAGACAGGAAUAACCCAGGAAUGCCCAUCACGCCCGUCCAUGCACCAGUUUUGUUGUGUCUUGACGCUUGCAUUCCAACGCCUUCGGUCGGCGACGUCCCAUUUCAGGAAGAUACGUCCACAUUGCUGUGGCGAGCUUCAGCCCCUCUGGAGGAUCACAGUUUUGAGCUGUACAUUGACGGUUCCACAGGUCCAGCACAUGCAGGAUGGGCCGUGGUCGUCGUUGCCAAGACUGGUCACCCGCCGGAUGAUUCACAUCGCCUGGUAGGAGUCACAGGCGGUACUGUCGCCUUAAGCCCGCAGGAUCACCAGUGGGUCGGAGCCACUAGACCUGACAACAUUGCCGCAGAGUUGACCGCGCUCCUUGCAGCUCAAGCCAUCGUGUUGCAACACGCCAGCACCACUGAGUUUUGCAUCCGACCCGACUUGAGCCUUAGCCGACUACUGUCACAGCAAACGCACACCACCACUGCGCACCCGCUGCUUGCCCAAUUAUGCACCCUGCUGGCGAUAUGGAAUCAGCCACGCUCCUCCUACCUGGAGGUCAGAGGGCAUACCAUGAAUCCUUGGAACGAUCUGGCAGACAGCAUCGCCAAAUUUUGCGCAUAUCCGGACAAUGCCCAACUGUUUUCCUUUGACUUUGCCGAGAUUCAUACCCUGGCCCUUGAGCCACAUGACGUUGCAUGGGACUGGACCGCCUUUGAGUCCAGCCAAUUUCAAGCAUGCAUGCCGCCCAGGUUUGAUCGCACAGUCAUCCAGUUGCCAGCAUUUGAUCCGCCCCAAUUGAGAUGCACGACGCAGGAUGUAGACGAUGCCCGGCAUAGCAUGUUGCAGCUCCGUAUAGCCUCUAUCAAUGUAUUAGCCCUCGAGCAUACCCAGCAACACAAUGAGAUCGGCAGGCGCCAAGGUAGCCGAACUGCUCGCAUUGACUUGCAAGUCCAUGAGGCAGGCAUGCAUGUUGUCGGGGUUCAAGAAGCAAGAACUGCCACAGGAAAGUUCCAAAGUGAACAUUAUCAUAUUUUCGCAUCCGGUGGUCAUGGACCUGCAUCUGCCCAGCUUGGCUGUGAACUCUGGUUGCAUAAAUUCCUCCCCUUUGCCAAGGGACCCGAUGACACACCCUUGAAACUGUGCGAUGGUCGUGUUGCCGUCCAGCAUGCAGACCCCCGCAGAUUGCUGGCUCGGGUUGAUUUCGACUAUUGUUCCAUCCUUUUUGUAGUGCUGCAUGCUCCAUGCCUUCAGAAGUCACAAGGUGAUGGCAUUCUCCCAGUUGACAAAAUCCAGCAAUGGUGGGCGAGCACAUCCCAUAUGAUGCAUGCUGCCGAACCCACCACCUUCAUUUGGGUAUGCGUUGACGCCAAUGCCGGGUUAGCCACACAAAGCACACAGUUCUUUGGGCUGCAUGGUGCUGAUCGCACUGGCCCACAAACAGAGUGUUUUGAAGCGUUCCUUCAGGACACCAGCCUAUACGUCCCGUCCACGUUUGCCCACUUGCACCACGGCCCCAAUGCCACCUGGUCACAUUCCAGUGGAGCCAAAUACCGUAUUGACUACGUGUUGGCAAACCUGGCCGCAUUCCAGCUCACGCAAAAAUCGUACACCAUGCCUGAUUAUGAUGGGACGUUCACGCAUGAUGAUCAUAUCCCAGUCGCAGUUGACGCAAAGGGUUGGACUUCCCUAGCUUGCAAUCAGUCACACAUCAGGUGGGAUGAGGACGCCAUGUUAAUGCCCGACCGAUGUAUGGCUUUCCAGCAAGCCUUGGCCACCUUGCCAUUGCCUACUUGGAAUGUACACCCAAACGACCACAGUGUCAUUUACGAGUCACAGCUUCUUGCAUUGGCCCGGCAGUUUUUCGAGAAGAAGCAUGCCAAACGCACAAGGCCGCAGCUGUCUCCCAACACGCAACAGUCGAUUGCUAUGAAAAGACAUGUCCUGGACUGCGGCCGUGCCAUGGGCCUCAUGCAUGACCCCGAGUUCAAGAUUGAGUUGAAAGCGCUUGAGCUCCAUGUCCGUAGGCUUGUGCAUGCUGACCUCACUGCCAUUUUCGAUCAACUUUUAGUCCACAUGCAGGAGGCAGGUCAACUUGGGGACUUUAAAGCCAUGUAUGCCGCGGUCACCAGAUUAGGAGGGAAACGCCAUAAACGUGCCACUCCUAACAGACCGAUCCCCAUGUUGAAAAAGCCAGAUGGCACCCCAGCGCAAAGCUUCACGGAACAGCAACAUAUGUGGCUUGAACAGUUUUCUGCAAUUGAAGCUGGCGUGAUGGUGAGCCCUGACCAGGUCCGGGAGGUCUCGACACACGGGCCCAUGCCGACUGAUACACAACAGGCAGCUUGCUUCCCAACUGCAUGGCAGAUCCAAGCUUCUGUUUCCAAGUUGAAGCGAGGUAAGACCCCAGGCCCCAACCGCCUCACACCAUCCAUCCUCAAAGCCGCUGGCCCGGUUUUUGCCAAACAAUUUGCAUUGCUUACGGCGAAGGCCGCCAGCCAUGCUACUGAGCCAUUUGCAUGGCGUGGUGGGCGCCUUGUGCCGCUCCACAAGGGCAAGGGCCCCCCGGAUAACCCGUUGUCUUACCGUUCAAUAUUUAUCUCAAAUUACACGGGCAAACUAUACCACAGAGCCAUACGGACACAGCUCGAAGCGGUGUGGGAGGCCAAGAUUUCAGCCCUGCAAUUGGGAAGUCGCAAGGGGUUGGGCACCGACCUCGCGCACCAUCUACUCGAAGCACACCAAGCAGCCUGUCAUGUGCACCGCACACCCACAGCCGUGGUGUUUUUCGAUAUGAGGUCUGCCUUUUACUCUGUCUUGAGGCAAUCCCUUGUGCACCUGCCGCAAGACCCCACUGCCCUUAUCCACGCCCUGCGUCGACUAGGUGUCAGCCAGGAUGAAAUCCGGACAUGGUUAGCGGCCACCGGAGACGAAAAUGCAACAGAAGGGGCUUCCCCGCAUCUGCAACACCUCGUCAGAGAUACAAUGAGCCACACAUACUUCCAGGUCAACCACCUGUCGCAUUUAUGCUGCACCACCAGAGGGACACGGCCUGGUGACCCCCUAGGUGAUUUGCUUUUCAACAUGAUCAUGCGGCUUGUGAUGGAAGACUGCCGGAAGUGGUUUAUUCAGCACACCCAUUGCCAGUGGAUGGGGUCCCCGCUCCACACAUCAUCCUUUUCAGACGCAUGUGAAAUGCCGCCGACUGGAUUCCUUGACUUGGCGUAUGUCGAUGAUGCUGCUCUGGCCCUUCAUGCACCGACGCUAGAUGAACUGGUUCACCUGAUCCAGCACGCAGCCAUGGCCAUGCACCACGCCACCAGCAGGAGGGGAAUGACGCUCAACUUUGACAAGGGCAAGACAGAAGUUUUGUGGGCCAUUGCCGGCAAAGGUUCCACUCGCACAAAGCAGAAUAUUGCAGCACAAGGAGGCUUCCUUCACUGGCAUGGACUUAACCAGGAAUUCCGGCUCAGUGUCACGCAGUCAUACCGGCACCUUGGCACGUGGAUGCAAGCCCCACCACGGUGUGCGAGAGACAUCUAUGCACGUGCCUCCUUGGCCAAAUCUGCUUGGGGUUCUCUGGCCAAACCAAUGUACAGCAAACCGUAUGUCUCGAUGGCCACCAAAGGUAAAGCUUUCCAAGCCUUGUCCAUUUCGAGACUUACGUACAAUGUGCACACAUGGUGCGCCGCAAGUGCGGCAGAUUGGGCAAAAUGGCAAAACCACAUGCGCAAACCCAUCGGUCUCAUGGUGAAGCACAUGCUCAUGGGCACCCCGCCCACACAUGUUGACACCUUGGACUUAUUUGGCAUCGCUGACAUUUUGGCGCCUUGUGAUCAAGUUCAUGUGGCACGACUACGCUACUUCCGUAGACUGCUGCAGUAUUGUCCAACAGCACUCUGGACUUGCCUGGUAGCCGCCAAAGACGCCCAGACAUCAUGGUUAGCCGCAUGCAGCGGAUCCUUUGCCUGGUUUAGACAGUUCUACCACCGGCCCUUUGGGCCCAGCGAGAGUGAAUCCGUCCUUGACUGGAUUCCUUAUGUUGCCAUGGAUACCAGGUGGAAGGGCAGGGUGCGAGCCGCUACCAGGGCGUGCAAGCGGUUCCGCCAAGCUGUUGCCGAACAUCACCUAUGGCAGAAACGAUUUGACCGCGCCUUCCUGGCCGGAGGAGGCAUUUUGCCACAGAGUGAGUCUCUACAGCAUGAAACCUGGGCAUGUGACCAAUGCCCCAAGACAUUCGCCAGUAAAAAGGCAUUGGCCACCCACUCUGGCCGAGUCCACGGUUAUAGACGAAUUGUCAAGUUUUAUGCAGUCGAUGAUCUUUGCAAUGCGUGUGGUAAGAAAUAUCAUUCCAGGCAACGACUGGUUGAGCACCUGAAGUUUGUGCUGUCCUGCCUUUCCGUCCUACAGGCAUGCUUUCCCGCCCUGGAUGAUGCUACGGUUCAAGAAUUGGAUCAACUUGACCAUGCGCACACCCUCAACAUGCGACAGCAAGGGUGGUGGGCAACCAAGGCCCUGGAGCCCGUGUCCAGGCUACAGGGGCCUUUGCUCCCGCCAGCUGACUCGCAAGAUGCAUCCCAAAUGAAGCAAAGAUGGACAGCCAGGCAGCCCCGUGUGGGGACUGCGUAUGAGAACCUGCAAGGGAGGCGUACCGAUGCUCCUCCAGAGACACCACAGGUUAUUCUCUUUGAGGCCGAUUUGCCAGCCUUUGUGUUUCAAUCAGCCGCCGGACCCAACAAUGGUGGGGGACGAUACGCAGCCAGAAGCCUAGCCAGUGAGUACGCCAGAUUGCACAUCAAGACGCUGGUGUUUGUGCAUGUCUUCUCCGGCUAUAGAAGACAUGGGGAUUUGCAUCAAAUGCUGGAACACCAGGUCUGGGAACAUACACAUUUUUUGUGA